CACACACCCACGUGACGUCACAUUUCCUCCGAUGACGUCAGACACUUCGCCCCUCCCUCCGUGACGUCACCGCCACCACCCUCUCCUCUCCUCCAUUUGAGUGAGCACUUAGGAGCAGCAACGACCAUCACCACCACCAGCACCACCUCCAUCAUCGUCAUCAUGUCCAAGUACAACCGCCCCGCCAACUCCUCCGUCUACGUGAGGAACGUGGCCGACUCCACGCGGCCCGAGGACUUGCGGCGGGAGUUUGGUCGCUAUGGCCCCAUCGUAGAUGUGUACAUUCCACUUGACUACUACACGCGGCGACCUCGCGGAUUUGCUUACGUGCAAUAUCCUUUACCAGCAAGGCUUGCAAUCACCGCCAUCGCAGACCGGCAGCGCCAAUCACCGCCAUCAUCAUCAUCAUCAUCGAGGGACGCUAACGCGGCAAGGUCAAAGGCCAAGGUGCCCCAAGCAAGGUCAAAGGUCAAAGUGCCCAAGCAAGGUCAAAGGCCAAGGUGCCAAGCGAGGCCAAGGUGCCCCAAGCGAGGCCAAGGUGCCCCAAGCAAGGUGAAAGGUCAAAGUGCCCAAGCAAGGUCAAAGGCCAAGGUGCCAAGCGAGGCCAAGGUGCCCCAAGCAAGGUCAAAGGUCAAAGUGCCCCAAGCAAGGUCAAAGGCCAAGGUGCCAAGCGAGGCCAAGGUGCCCCAAGCAAGGUCAAAGGCAAAGAGCCCCAAGCAAGGUCAAAGGCCAAGGUGCCCCAAGCAAGGUCAAAGGCCAAGGUGCCCCAAGCAAGGUCAAAGUGCCAAGCAAGGUCAAAGUAAAGUCCCCCAAGCAAGGUCACAGCAAAGUCCCCCAAGCAAGGUCAAGGCAGAGGCCCCAAGCAAGGUCAAAGCAAGGUCAAAGCAAGGUCAAAGCAAGGUCAAAGCAAGGUCAAAGCAAGGUCAAAGCAAGGUCCCCCGCCUCCCCCGGCGUGUCUCAAGCAACGAGCAAAGCGCCAGGCAAGCGUCUUACAUUGGUUUAGUUGCCACAGCCACAGCCACAGCUGCUGCUACCGGUGGUGGUGGUGGUGAUGGUGGUGGUGGUGGUGAUGGUGGUGGUGGUGGUGAUGGUGCGAGGUGGAGGAGGUUUGGGGGCGUGGGGAGAGGCGCCGAGUAUCCUGCGGGGAAUGAGCGGCACGGCCAACGCACCUGGGUAGAGGAGGAGGAGGAGGAGGGCGUUGGCGUG